AUGACGGUGGAAGGCUCUUUAAAGGGCGACGCUGCUGCACCCGUGGCAGACGCGGAGCCUGCAGCGUCUCCUCGGAACGAACCGGAAGCAGCGCCUGGUCCGCCCUCACCGGACACGUCGAGGCGACUCAACCAUGAAUUGGCGAAACAAAAUGCAGAAGUUGCAAGAGACACACAGUGGUCGACGCGUCAACGCCUCAAGUACCUGGUUUUGAGGUACGAUAUCUUCGCACACUUUUUAUCGAGCGGAUCACUCGCGAAGCAGAAACUUGUGGAAGCUGCCGGCUCCGUGGAAACCGCUUCUCCCGGAGAAGGAGCAGCGGGAGGUACUCCCGGUCGGCGUCGUCUGACGGAACGCGAAGAGGACGCGCUCCUGCUUGAAGCGGACGAGGAAGGGCAUAGCGAGUCGGUACACUUGACGGUGCAGCCACCAGGCAUACGUGGAACGAUGCGGCCAUACCAGAUCGAGGGCCUAAACUGGCUAGUCCGACUGCAUCAGCACGGCAUCAACGGCAUUCUUGCGGACGAAAUGGGUCUCGGCAAGACGCUGCAGACCAUUGCCCUGCUAGCGUUUCUGAAGGUAUACAAAGGCAUCCGCGGACCGCACUUGGUGAUCGCGCCCAAGUCCACGCUCGGGAACUGGAAUCUGGAGUUUGAGAAAUUCUGCCCAGAUUUCCGCGUCGUUCGUUUUCACGGGGACCAGGAAGAGCGAGCCCGAGUAGCCGCGUCGCAGCUCAUUGUGAAUCGGUUUGACGUUUGCGUUACCAGUUAUGAGAUUGCGAUCCUUGAAAAGGCGGUGCUGCGUAAGUUUCAUUGGCGUUAUCUCAUUAUUGAUGAAGCGCACCGCAUCAAGAAUGAGAACUCAGUACUCAGCCAGGUGGUGCGCAUGUACAAUUCUCAGAAUCGUCUUUUGAUCACCGGUACACCGCUGCAAAAUAACUUGCAUGAGCUCUGGGCGCUGUUGAAUUUUCUGCUCCCUGAUGUGUUCAGCUCUUCGGAGGAUUUCGACGCCUGGUUUGAGCAAGUAGAGGGAACCACUGAGGAGGACGCCAAGGCAGAAAUGGUUCGUCAAUUGCAUGCCGUUCUUCGGCCGUUUCUCCUGCGUCGCCUCAAGUCAGAAGUAGCGCGAGAGCUGCCGCCGAAAAAGGAGAGAAUCGUAUUCGUUCGCUUGACGAAAAUGCAGCAUGAGUUGUAUCGGUCCCUGCUUAAGAAAGAUGUGGAUGCAAUUAGCGGGCAAGGCGGCGACCGCGCUCGACUGCUGAACAUCCUAAUGCAGCUGCGCAAGUGCUGCAAUCACCCGUAUCUAUUCGAAGGCGUUGAAGAUCGCACCUUGGAUCCGUUUGGUGAGCAUGUUGUGCAGAACAGUGCAAAAUUGGCGUUGCUAGACAAACUGUUACCUCGCUUGCGCGCUGAGGGGCAUCGGGUUUUGAUCUUUUCUCAGAUGACGCGUAUGCUGGACAUUUUGGAGGACUACUGCUGUGAGCAGAUGCGAGGGUAUCCGUACUGCCGUAUCGACGGCUCGACGGAUAGCGAAACGCGCGAGCGCAUGAUCGAGGAAUUCAACGCAGAAGGAAGCGACAAGUUUAUCUUCUUGUUAUCGACGCGCGCCGGGGGUCUCGGCAUCAAUCUGGCCUCAGCUGAUACCGUGAUUCUGUAUGACUCAGACUGGAAUCCGCAAGUUGAUUUGCAAGCGAUGGAUCGUGCCCACCGCAUUGGACAGAAGCGGCCUGUUACGGUGCUGCGUCUCAUUUGUGAGUCAACAGUCGAAGAGCGCAUUCUGCGCCGAGCCUUAAUGAAGCUCAAGAUAGACAACAUGGUCAUCCAGCAGGGCAGGCUGGUGGAGGGCCAGAAAGCGCUUGCUCGAGGCGAAGUGCUCGACAUGAUUCGAUUCGGUGCAGAUUCCUUCUUCCGAGCGGACGCACAAGACUUCAAAGACGAGGACCUGGAUGAAAUCCUGCAACGCGCCGAAGCAAAGACCAAAGAGGUAACCGAAAGCAUGGAAGAAGAGGCUCGGAAACGGAGCCAGCAUGGGCUCAACCUCAUGGAUUUCAAAAUGAGCGAUGACGUCGGCUCCGUCUACCAAUUCGAGGGAAAGGACUGGUCGGCAGAGGCAGCGUCAUCGGCUAAGAAUUUCUUCUUCCUCGAUGUGGGCAAGCGAGAGCGCCGGAACACAAUCAAAUCCUACGAUGAAGCGGCCUACUUCCGCGAAGCACUGUAUCACGGCGGUGCCAGCGGCGAUGUAGGUAGCACCCAACCACAACCAAAGCAGCGCAUGCGCCUGCCGCCCGAACCCAAAGUCUAUGACUGGCAAUUCUUCAACGUCGAUCGCAUCAUGGAGUUGUACGAGAAAGAGCGCCAAAUAAUUGAUGAAUACAAUCGAACAUGCGAGAAUCUGACUGAAGAUCAGAUGCCGCCGGAGCCGGAGCCUCUUUCGCCGAGCGAACGUGCGGAGCUCGAGCGUCUGCUUCAAGAAGGUUUCAGUAACUGGCGGUAUCGCGAGUUCCAGCAGUUUCUGCGGGCUUGUGAGCGCCACGGCCGCCACAACAUAGAAGCGAUUGCUGCCGAUCUCGCACAGGUGAAAACCUUCGACGAAGUUAAGGAGUAUGCGGAAGCGUUUUGGAGACUGGGUCCGGACCAUAUCCGUGACUGGCCACGCCUCCUUGAGCAGAUCGAGCAAGGUGAAGCACGUGUGGCCAAGCGGGAAGAGAUGGAGCGAGCGCUGCGGAACAAAAUAGCACGUUAUGCGGAUCCAUGGAACGAGCUCGAGUUACCCGCUUCUGUCCAAGGUAAGGUGUUCUCCGAUGAGGAGGAUCGCUUCCUUCUCAUUAUGGUGAAUAACCUCGGUUACGGACGCUGGGAGGAGCUCAAGAUGGAAAUUCGUCGCAGCUGGCGUUUCCGUUUUGACUGGUUGAUCAAAUCUCGCUCAGCUGUAGAACUGAAGCGGCGUGUUGACGUCCUACUCCGAGCUAUUGAACGGGAGAAUGCCGAGUUCGAAAAAGCCGAAGCUGCAGCCGCGAAUCGUAAGAAGCACGCCCAGGUUCGUAGCGUACGUCGCGUCAAAUCCGAGGCAAGUUCGAGCGAAAAGGAAAGCGCACACAACGACAGCCGCACCACAAAGCGUGCAGCGGCAGGGAAAGCGUCUGAGCAGAAGCCCACGGCAAACGCCAAGCGUAAGGCAUCGUCAAGCACCGUGACGACCUUGGACUCCACGUCCAAGCGCUCGAAACGCCCCAACACCGACUCCGUGACCGCGACGAGCGAGAAGCGCUCUACCGGACCCAUCGAACGGUACGCUCGUCGCAAAGGCACUACAAAAGCAGCCUGA